AUGGCUCGCCCGUAUGACAAGGCCAUAGCCGACGUCGCACACUACGUCUUCCACUUCAAACUCGACGAGAGCGAUGAAAUGAUAUGGGAACGGGCUCGGACGGCACUUCUCGAUGCAUUAGGAUGUGCGAUAGAGACGGCAGCGACAAGCCUGGAAGCCCAGAGUCUAAUCCAGCCUCUUAUUCAGGAUACGAUCAUCCCCAGUGCGUUUCAAGUGCCGGGGACAAGUUUAAAAGUCGGUCCUGUCGAGGGCGCUUUCGAUCUGGGUGUUUUGAUACGGUAUCUCGAUCAUAAUGAUGCACUGGGAGGAGCGGAAUGGGGCCAUCCAUCAGAUAACCUAGCAGCCAUUCUUCCCGUUAUGGAUUGGUUAUCUCGCGCUUCCAUACCAGGUCGUCCUGGACAUACAGGACCGCCCUUGACAAUGACUACCUUGCUUGAAGCAUUGAUUAAAGCGUACGAGAUACAGGGAUGCUAUCAAAUGCAGAAUGCAUUCAACAAAUAUGGAAUCGAUCAUGUAGUAUUGGUGAAGCUGGCCUCUGCCGCUGUUGUAUCUUGGUUGAUGGGCUUGACGGAGGAACAAACUAUGGCUUCCAUCUCUCAUAUCUGGAUGGAUGGGCACCCAAUCCGGGUCUACCGCUCUAAAAGCAGCACAAUUCCACGCAAAGGGUGGGCCGCAGGUGAUGCCGCUCGCAGGGCUGUACAAACAGCACUUUAUGUCAGGGCUGGCCAGCCCGGGGCACAAGAGGCAUUGACCGCAAAGCCAUGGGGUUUUCUGGCUCGAACAUUCGGUGAACGCGGGUUCGAGUUUCCCAGGCCAUUUGGCACGUGGACUAUUCGAAAUGUUUUCUUCAAAACGAUGCCUGUCGAGGGGCAUGGUAUCUCGGCCGUGGAAGCAGCUAUCGUGCAGCGCCAGAGGAUAGUGGGUCAUGGGUUGCCUGAGCCGGCCAAGCAUAUCGAACGUGUUGAGUUGCGUACAUCUGAAGCGGCCAACCUGAUUAUCAACAAAAAUGGGCCCCUGCAAAAUGCCGCAGAUCGAGACCAUUGCAUUCAGUAUGUUGUCGCUCUGUCUUUCUUAAAAGGCAGUGCUCCAGCAGCAACCGAUUACUCCGGUGAAAGCCCAUGGGCAGUCAGUGCCGAGCUGGCACAUCUCAGGGGCAAGAUAAGUGUUCGCUCUGAUCCACAACUCACCCGUGAUUAUUUGGAUCUAGACAUGAAGAGCAUUGGCACAGGGUUGACAGUCGUUCUUAAAGACGGCACAGUGCUUCCAGAGGUUCUAGUCGAGUACCCGAUCGGCCAUGUGCGAGACGCCCGAACCAAGCGAGCCUUGCAAACGAAAUUCAUGCGCAAUAUGGCAUACAUGUUUCCAGAGACGGAGAUAGCCCAUAUGUUGGAGGUGGUUGAGAACAUGAAAACACCGAUUGUGGACUUGGUGGACUUGCUUGCUCGGCCAGUGGCCAAAGGGAGACUGUAA